AUGUUUGGAGGUAACGCAUUAACUGAUCCAUCUAGUGCAUUGCCCGAAAUUGGGUCUAUUGUUGACGAAAUGGCCCGUGUUGCUGCAGAUGCUAGCGUCCAUUUCCAUGGGGGUCAAUAUGAUAAAUCUAGUGACAAGGUCGAAUCAUUGAAAAAGAUGAUCAGACGCAUUGGUGACAUUGGCAUUAUGAGCAUGAAUUAUGCUGCCAAUCACCAGAGUCAGCCCGGCGCCUCCAGUGGAGCAUCUAUAACAUCUCAAAGUUUAUCUCCCGAGCACGAGAAACAGUUAUUUAACGCCUCAUUAUUCUCGACAGCUGCAGAUGGCUAUGAGCCUCGAAAGCGAAGGAUUAUUGCAAAUGAGGCCUCCGAAGUACCAAUGAAAGCACUUCGCAGUCAGUCCAUGUCUACACGUGCUCGGUCUCGCUCGGAUCUGUCAGAGCUUGCUCACCACUUGUCGCAUAUUGAAAAGAAAUGGACGGUUUCAUCUCUACUUUCGCCGACGUUUCAAUCAAGCCAGUUUGAUUUCCAGCUUAAUCCUGCCUCAUGUCAAGGACAAACUGCAACACAGCCUUCGUCGUUUCCUUUCUCUGAUACUGCCAACACCCAACCCGUGUUGGCUUCGACGCAACCGGAGAAUAUUAUGCCAACUGUCCCUGAACAGGCCCCAAUGGUUGCAUCAGCGGUGUCACAGCCGGCUACCCCGACUAGUGGGGCUCCUACAGCAAAACCAAUGAAUGUGCUAGGGCCAGUCAAUGAAGGACCGUCAAAAGCCAAUUUACUUCCAGCAUCUUCUAUGGCUCUCAAUCUCGCCUUGGACCAACCAUCGUCGGAUGCAUGGCAAAUUGAAAAUAAUAGUCAAGUUUUGAAUUCCACCCCGUUAACUAACAAUGAUGCUUUUGACACUUCCAAUUCCAACUUAUUGGAUUCUACAGAUGAUGGUUGGGAAAACCUUACGAUGAUGGAUCGAUCGGCUGGAGGUACUAGUGAACUUUCGCCCGAACUCCGUGUCAUCUAUGAUAAGGUUUUCCAUGACUAUUUAAAUUCACUGUGUUCAAAUCUUGAGGCAAAAGACGAACGUGGAGAGCUUAUCCAUCAAACUCUUAUGCCCAAAAAAAUGGCACGUUUGGACGAAUCGCCUGAUUUUCGCCCUUUCAAAUUCCGCAUCCAGGCUUUUACGAAGGCUUUUCAAACUGAACUUCAGCGACAUGGUCUCAGCGAAGAUGAUGCUUCAAUGCGAAGGAUUAAACCCUACUUAUGGACUCAUGCGUACAUCUCUCGAUUCAAUGAAGACGGGAAAAAAGCCAAGUCGAAGGGAAACCAUAUUUGGAAUGUGGAAGCACGUCGAUUACCGGGUGGCGGUUGGGAAUUUUUCGCCUUCACCCCUAAAAUCACCGCUGCUACAAGUAAAGUCGCAUAUGUUGGAGAACGGUGGUCUUGGAAUCUGCGCAUAUGGGAUCCUCAAGGAUCCAACGGCAACAUUAAAGUCGUGUAUUCGGCCAAUACAAUGCCGCAAUGGCUGCAUUGGGAGGAGGACGAGAAAGUUCUUGCGGGCAUUCCUUGUAAUCCCUCGGAAAGCGGUGAAGUGAGCGUCACGGCGCUUUACGUCCAGUUUGGGCAGCUUCAUCGUCUCGAGCAUUCUUUCUUUCUCCAGGUUCUUCCGUCUAAAGUGGAGACUCAAUCUAUCGGGGAGUCUCCUUCGAAAACAUCUGAAGCACCGCCAACGCAACACACUGCAGGUGUGUAUGCAUCUCAGCCUGCUCAGGCGCCGGUGCUCGCGAUGGAAAUGAAUGGCACACAUCCUGAAAUGCAAAAGCAUGAAGUCGUUGAACCAUCGCAUGCACCUGAUGUACUUUCUUCCAUUCCUUUCCCAUUUACACCCCCACUUUAUAUGGACAAGGUUCACAGACCAUUCCAUUUCGACCCGUCACUCCUAGGGGGUCAGCCUGCUCCCACAGCAGGUCCAGCAUUUUCUGGUUCGGCAUCGGGGCCACAAACAGCUGUGUUUGUUAACAAUACCUCAUCCCAAAGUGUGGCUCCGUCGAUACCGAACUCUGCAGGUGUGCAUACUUCACCGACUGCACCCGUGACAAUCUCUGCUUCCAAUGAUUCCAGGAUGUCGACGACACCCCACGUGAUGCAUGAACAUGAGCCGUCCGCCGUGCUACAAUUGUGGAAUUCCAUUGAGAGGAGGCAACAGCAGCAGGCAUCUUCGCUGAUGCUUCUAAUGCCCCAACGUCCACAAGCUUUUUCAUUAAGUGAGCAUCCUGGCCAAGGGACACCUAUGUCGAAUAUGCCGAGCGAUAUGAGUGCCACGUUGCCACAAUUGAGCCCAAACCCGCCGUCGUAG